AUGGCGGAGGGUUUUAUACCCAGAGGAGAAGAAAGAAUGGAGGAUGUCGCUGAAGGCUUCUUGAAUGAACUGAUAAGACGAAGCUUGGUUCAAGUGGAUUCUACAUUUUGGGAAAGAGUUACUGAAUGUAGGGUUCAUGAUUUACUCCGUGAUCUUGCGAUACAAAAGGCAUUGGAGGUAAACUUCUUUGACAUUUAUGAUCCAAGCAACCACUCCAUAUCCUCUUUAUGUAUCAGACAUGUGAUUCAUAGUCAAGGAGAAAGGUACCUCUCACUUGAUCUUUCUAACUUAAAGUUGAGGUCAACUAUGUUCUUCGAUCGAGAUUUCCGUAAGACGAGUCUUAUAAACUUCAGGAGUGUGUUCCAACAUCUAUAUGUGUUGUACUUGGAUAUGCAUGUUGGGAAUGUGUCUCUAGUACCUGAUGCCAUUGGAAGUUUGUACCACCUCAAGUUCUUAAGCUUGAGAGGUAUCCAUGAUGUUCCCUCUUCCAUUGGCAACUUCAAGAAUCUAGAGACACUUGUUGUCAAUGAGGGGGCAUACUCUUGCAAACUACCCCGCGAGACAGCUGACCUGAUAAAUCUAAGACAUUUAGUUGCUCAGUAUACAAAACCUCUGGUACAUAUAAGCAAACUCACUAGUCUUCAAGUUCUUAAAGGCAUCUGUUGUGAUCAGUGGAAAGAUGUUGACCCUGUUGAUUUAGUCAAUCUUCGAGAAUUAAUCAUGGAUGAUAUUAACAAAUCUUACUCCCUAAACAACAUUAGCAGCUUGAAAAACCUUAGCACUCUCAGAUUACGGUGUUAUGUUAAUGAAUCAUUCCCAUCCCUUGAAUUUGUUAAUUGUUGUGAAAAGCUCCAGAAAUUGUUGUUACUAGGGAGAAUAGAGAAACUGCCUAAUCUGUUUUCAAAUUCCAUCACAAUGAUGGUUCUGAGGGACUCAAGACUGACAGAAGAUCCGAUGCCUAUUUUGGGAAUGUUGCCAAACCUAAGGAAUCUCGAUUUGGUUAGUGCUUAUGUAGGAAAAGAAAUAAUGUGCAGUGAUAACAGCUUCAGUCAACUAGAUUUCCUUAUUCUUUAUGAUUUUGAGAAGCUAGAAAGAUGGGAUUUAGGCACAAGUGCCAUGCCUCUGAUUAAAGGUCUUGGUAUCUAUGAAUGUCCAAAUUUAAAGGAGAUUCCUGAGAGAAUGAAGCAUAUAUGUUGUCUUCAUAAUCGUAGAGGUAUUGAUGGGGGCAUUUCUGCCAAGCACAUUGGUUAUUAA